UGUAGGUUCGCUUUUUAAUAUUGUCCGCUGGGGAUUUGUACACUUUGAAGCUAACCUACGUUACAAUUGUAACCACCAAUACUCACGGUUUGAUCAUAUUACUUAAAUAUUUCUUGUGUAGUCAGCUCAGCCGCACAAUAGCACCGGGUUUACGAUAGGCUUUGUUUGCUAGCUGGUUGACGUUUGUUCUUAUCUUCACACACUGCGAAGAAGGUUCCGGUUGCGACGCUGACGCAAACAAUCUUGGGUAUGAAAUGAAAGAAGUGGGAUUGUUGGUUUGCCCGGUUUGUCCCCGUCUCCCAUGGAGUCACUCAACACCUUUGAGUCUGAGAUGGAGCCUGAUGGACAGGGGAACUACUCUCUGUUUCCAGCUUUGGACAGCAUUGCAAGUCUGUCGGGAACCACAGAAACUCUGGAGAGUGAUGCACCCAGUGAAAUUGCGGAAAAGCCAAACCUAACAUGGCUGGAUGCUGCACAGAUUGUCUUGGAGGAAGCAGGACGUCCAAUGCACAUAAAGGAGAUUAAACAGAGAAUCAUUGACAGAGGCCUUGUUCAAUCCAAUGCAAAAUCAAGUCUGGAAGCAGUCAUGUACCGUGAGACACAAAAAGGCAGCAGGAGAUUCAAGAGGAUUGAGAACAGAAAUGGAGUCUUUUCCCUGCUGACUGACGAGGAACGGCAGCAGGCACUGCAGGCCUUCACCACUCAGUCUUUCCUCAACUCUCCACAGCGAAAUGCUAUCGGUUCUGGCUCAGGUACCUCGGCAGCUGCCCCCCCAUCUUCAGCUGGCUCCUCCGAGCUUAGGGCCAAGGCGAAGAGAGGUUCACGCAAAAACCAGAAUGAAAAGUACCGACUCAAGUACCUCAGGCUACGCAAAGCAGCUCGUGCCAUGAUAUUUGAGAAUGCAGCAAUCUGCGAUGAAGUUGCUCUCUUAGAAGAGAAGUUUCUGAGGGCAAAGGAGGAGCGAAGGUUCUUGCUGAAAUCACUGUUGCAGUACCAGUCUUUGACAGAGGCGGAGAUACUGCCCACACCCAGCUCAAGCUCUCAUCAUCCACCUGUGCCACCUGUGGCACCAACCUCAGGUGCUGCAGGGGCUUCAGGUCUGUCGACGACACAUAACUUGGCAUCACUGGUGUCAACAGGGGAAGAAGGCACUCUUAAAAAACCCAAGAAGGAAAGGAAAGAGCGGGGAAGGGAGAACGGAAAGGAAGAUUUGCCAAAGAAAAUAUCUAAAAAGAGAAAGCUAGUUGAUGGGUCUCGGAAGCUUGUGCAGCCCAUCCCUCUGGACUCAUCAGGUCGACCUGUCUUCCCCAUUAUACUAGGAGGUUUAACAGUCUACAGCCUGGGAGAGAUUAUCACAGACAGAAUGUCAUUCCAUGACGAGUGUGCCAUUUACCCCGUUGGCUUCUGCAGCACGCGAGUCUUUGCCAGCAUGAAAAACCCCGACCAGCAGUGCCUCUACACCUGCCAGAUUAAAGAUGGGGGAACAGGUCCAAAGUUUGAGAUUGUGCCUGAAGAAGAUCCUCAGAAUGCAAUUGUGGCCUCCUCCGCCCUGAUGUGCCACUCCAACCUACUGAAGGCCAUCGCAUCUGUCAGUUCCAAAUGUGUGGUGCCCAUCGUGCCCUCAGGAGCAGAUUUCUUUGGCUUCUCUCACCCCACCAUCCAGAAUCUCAUCCAGAGCUGCCCUGGAGCACGCAAAUGUACCAAUUACAGAUGGAUUCGUUUCGAGGUGUGUCGCCCUGGCGACAGUCAGGUUCCUCACAGCCUAUCGGAGGACGAUGCCUCUGUCAACUUUGAUGCCUACCAGAGACACCAAGGCUUUGAUGAGAACAUCAAGACAGAACAUAUCACAGGACAGACACCACAGUCUCCUAGUCCGUCUCAUCAGCACCACCUGACCCCUACAACCAUGAAGCCCUCUACCUCAUAUUACAGCUCCUGAUUCUAAUAGUGUCGCUCAAACAGCAUUGCUUGGAAUGUGUGCUAGCAAUUUUAAUACAGUAUAUCUGGCUGAAUAAUCAUUCUGUGCUCUAUGUAUGAGUGGGGAUUACUACAUACAGACAGACAGACAGACAUACUUCCCCAUGUGCUUAUUUUGUUACAUGACAUGUUGUUGCUUUGCUAUUUAAAGUUUUGCAAAGAAAAGGUGACUGCAUGUUUGGAUUUAUUGCAUUACGUUGUAUUUUUCUGUUUAACCAGUAGAAGCUGGGUUUUGUGAGUUUGAAUGUAAAACAUUCACAUUAUCUGA